AUGUGGCGAGACAUCUCAGUCAAACGCUCUCCUGGUGCGUCAAUUUGUCCAAUCCCUAAAAGGAUAAGCUUUCACUUGGUAAACACAACUACCGCCAGUCUCUAUCUUGACAUGGGACAGUUUGUCAGUUCUAAGAAGAAGGCAAAUGCAUUUUUGGCACAGUUUGUUAGUUCUAAGAAGAAGGCCUCGAUCAUGGACCUAACUCAAACUACCCAAAAGCCAGAGGAAAGUGCCAAUGAUUUCAUAAUGAGAUGGAGGAGCCUCAAUCUCCAAUGCUCGGAGAAAAUUACUGAGCAAUCAGCAAUGCAAAUCCGCUACAACAACCUCAUGACAGACAUUGCAACUUUUGUUGCCAUCAGUGAAACCCAAUCAUUUGAUGCUUUGGUGUCAAAGGCGAAAGAAAUCUUUGACCAACUUCUUGUCUUUAACGCUAUUACCCUACCAGAAUCAAAGCGUCUUGCUGAGGCCAACAAGACAAAUGACCCUAGAUAUUGUCGGUAUCAUCACCUCAUCAGUCAUACGCUUAAGGAUUGUUAUAUACUAAAGGACAAAAUCCAAGAGCUCCUCAACAAUGGUGGUUUGGAGAUAGACUCUUCUUCCCGACAUCAAUCAGCUGCAGCAAAUAUAAAAGAGGAAAAGCUCACACCCACCAUUGCAUUACUAGAUGGAGCGAAAUUUUCAGGGGGGAAGAAAUUUGUUAAAAGAGCCAAGCACAUGGCUAAACAUUUCCCACCCAAUCACAGAUCUAUUACUUGUCCUUGUGUCAAGAUUCAAGGCAUGUCGUCCUUGAAAAAUAAGAGGAAUAAGAAGAAGGCGCAAAUGAAAGGUCAAAUCCCUCAAGAGAAUGAAUACGAGCAACCUGCAAGGGUCCCUGUCACACUCACUGAGUUUUUUCCAAUUGAGUUCUUCUCGAGUGAAUCCGAAGUUGAGGAAGAAAUUAUUCAAUGCAACAUGGUUUCUGUGGAGGAAUAUGAGGUUGACACAGAGGUUGAUGAGAUUAACCUCCACUCCACCGAGAAAAAGUCAAAGGCAAAAGAGAUUAAGGUCUCCACGUCGGAAAAAACUGUUGCAGGGGAUGUUCCACCGUCCUCCUCAAAAGCAAAGGACCCUAAGCCCGAUACCAGUAAUACAAAGGAGUCAUCACAAUCAUGUGCAAUUAAGUAUGAUAUUUUGACUCAUCUUAAGCGCAUCCUAGCUCCUUUAAGUGUCUAUGACGCUUUACAAAUGUCGAGAGAGCUUAGGGAAGCACUUGUAAUGGCUUUAAUGAGCCCAGAUUUGUACAAGUCAUGUUUCAAAUUAGCAGAUGUCCAUAGAACUGAAACCUUGAGGUUUUGUGCAUCGUGUCUGGCAACAAUUUACUUAUGUGACGAUGACUUUUUACUUGGGUCCAAAUUCCAUAAUCGACCUCUUUAUGUCACUAGCGAAGUUGGAGACAUGACCAUUAAUCGAUUCUUAUUAGAUUGUGGUUCAGUCGUGAAUCUUAUUCCAUUAAAGACGCUCCAUGCUAUAGGGAUGAGUGCCCAACAAUUGUCUCCCUUUAUGAUAACUAUUCAAGGGUUCAAUCGACUUGGGCAAAAAGCCCUGGGCUCUAUCACACUGCAAAUGGAAAUAGGGGAACUACAUUCAGACACCUUAUUCCAUGUGAUCAAUGCUGCCACUUCAUACAACGUCCUGCUAGGACGUCCAUGGAUCCAUACAUAUGGCGUAGUCCCUUCUACACUUCACUAG